UGUCGAGGUGAAGAGUGAAGAUGAUGGAGCAACCAGCAGCUGGACUCAACACAUGAAGACAGAAGCUGAUGGAGACACCUGUGGAGGAGCAGAAGCAGCCAGUGACUUGGAUACACCUCUCCUCCCUGACCACCAGAGGUCGCCUUGUUCUGACUCUGACACUGAUGACAGUGAGGACUGGAGAGAGACUAGUGACCCUGAAUCAGCUUCAAAUUCAAUGGAGGAUCCAAAUGUUCAUGUCAGUGGGAAGAAAGAUGAUGCUCUCAACACACUGAUCUGCUCUGGGUGUGGGAGGAAAUGCUCUUUGAAGUCUGAACUGAUUCGUCACAUGAAAUCCUGCAGCGGAUCUUUGAGUUGUUCGGUUUGUGGAAAAUCUUUUGAAAAGAAACGUGAUCUAAAAAUCCACAUGAGACUUCACACAGGAGAUGCACCUUACAACUGCUCCGACUGUGGUGAGAGGUUUACCCAGCGGGAAACAAAGAAAGAACACAUGAAGAUUCAUGCUGGAGAAAAACCUUUCCAGUGCUCUCAGUGUGGUAAAUGCUUCAUGCAGCACCAUUACCUGAAGGAACACAUGAGAGUUCACACUGGUGAAAAACCUUUCGGUUGCUUGCAGUGUGAUAAGUUUUUUUCACGGAAGGGUUCCCUAAAUAGUCACUUGAGACUUCACACAGGUGAAAGACCUUUUAAAUGCUCUCAUUGUGGUAAGUGCUUCAAGCAUUAUUCUACGAUGAAAACGCACAUAAGAAUUCACACUGGAGAAAAACCUUUCCACUGCCCCCAGUGUGGCAAGUCUUUUGCACAGUGUGGGACUUUAAAGUUACACUUGAAGGUUCACAUGGAUGAAAAACCGUUCAGCUGUUCCCUGUGUGAUAAACAGUUUGCAACCAAAGGUAACCUGAGCGCUCACCUGAGGCUUCAUUCUGGUGUAAAACUGUUCGGCUGCCCUCAUUGUAGUCAAAGUUUUGUUCUGAAAAAUCAUCUCACAGGACAUAUGAGAGUUCACACUGGCAAAAAGCCCUUCAGCUGCCCUCAGUGUGGUCGGUCUUUUGCUCGUAAAGGUCACCUGGAGGGACACAUGAGAAUUCAUACUGGGGAGAAACCUUUUGUUUGCUCUCAUUGUAGUAAAUGUUUUACACGGAAACAGUACCUGAAGCAUCACAUGAGAGUUCACUCUGGUGACCAGCCUUACACUGAGUGACCACAUGUGUUUUGGACAGUUGACAGGACUGUUUUAUUGUCCUUGUCUAAUUAUGGAAGAGAGUUUCAUAUUUCAUAUACUGGUAAUGACAUUGAGGCUUCUUUCGUCCUCUGGUCUAUGUUUUCUACAUGAGAGACGAGUCUGCUCACUGCAGUGUUGUUCAUUUUGAUGAUAGACGCAGUUCUGUAGAUGUGUAUAUUUGAGCGUCACCUGCAUAUGAUCCUGUUUUCAUAUUUAGUUCUUCAAAGAACAUUGUGUGAGAAGAGACUUUUCUUUGUCAGUUCCCCCGUAUUUCUCAUUAUCACAUCGUGCAUCAAGCAGUUUUCUAUUUUGACUGACAGACGGAUUUUAGCAACACUAAGAUAAAUGAUGCGGCCAAAGUCAUGACAUGUUGGAUGAAUUGUCUGAAUGAUUUACUUUAAUAAACAUCAAAUGCAGG